AUGAUGACAAUUAUGGUAAAAAGAACUCAAAAACCACACUGGGCCGAAGUUCUGGAGCAAGUAUGGUUGUUUUUUUUAAAGAAUAAUGCAAAUAUUUCAGCAUCGCAGUUCGAUAAAGAAGUGGACGUAAUAGUUUCGCCGCCACCAAAUACUACAGUGUUGAUGCUGUUUGAUCGAAAGGAAGCUACAAAAAUUUAUUUGAAGAAUCGCUUAAUGAUUAGAGAAGCAUAUCCCGCAGAUCCCGUUAAUUUUUACAUCUAUAACGAUACAAUAUAUAAUGGAUUAGCUGAAAAACGGGGCUAUUCGAAAGAUUUAGUGUAUGUCAAUGGAAGCGGUACCACAACUGCUGUGGUAAUCGGCGACAGUUUUGCAUAUAUAGCAUUUUACUAUAUUAUGGAAGGAUUCGGUCGAGAACGCCUUGGACAUCUGAAACGUUGUGCAAAAUAUGCAUGUAUUCCGAUUCUUGGUUAUGAAACGAACGAUAAGCAUGCGUGUGAGAAAUAUAUGAAAGGCUGUUUCAAACUUAUUAGUGACAUAAGACCGGAUAUUGUUUUCUUAAACUUCCAAUUUGCGAUGGAUUAUAUGUCAUUAUACAGUUUUAGUACGGGAGAAAAAUUAGAUAAAUAUAUGACAAAUUUCCACGAAUUUUGGGAGAAUCUUCGUUAUGGAUAUGAACGUUUUGAUGCUAUUAAAUGUGCCAAAUGUGAACGUUUAUUCACCUAUCACUGUUUUUGUGACACGAAGGGAAAGUGUGGUGAUUGUGCAAAGGUUAACGAGGAAUUGAGGAAAAAUGUUGCCUUUGAGAAUAAGAGAAAGGAAAUGCUUUGCAAGCAGAAGAAUUCGUUACCUGAUUCGCCUAGUCUCCUAAUUCGAUCUGUUGACUUCUCGACGAGCGCAAAGGAUUUAGAUGUGAAAAUUAGAGGAUAUGAAAGCAAUCUAAAAAUGCAGUCUGACAGCACUCGUAGAAAAUUUUGGUAA